CAUUAUAAGUCAGUGCAGCUGGGAAACCUGCACAGAAUCCUGGUACUGGGAAGAAUCUACGCUUUUCUAGACAAACAAGUAGAGACACUGGGUAAUCAUGCGGUUCAGCAUCCUCUUCUUCAUCGUCCUCCUGGGAUUCCUCUACCUCACAGUGGCACAAGGCUCGUAUGAGGACUGCUGUCUGCAGUAUGUCAGGAAAAUUAAACCGUCCGUUAGGAACAAAGUGAUCAGCUACAGAAAACAAGAGCAGGACGGAGGCUGCAACAUCUCAGCUGUUGUCUUCACACUGAAACGUGGCCGUAUGAUGUGCACCAACCCCAGAGAUAAAUGGGUCCAUGAACUCAUGCGGAGGGUGGACAUACUGACAGAAAGCUCAUUUAUGAAGAAGAAGAAUUCACGGGGUUAAGCAAGCCAGUUGCGGCCGAGAGAGGACCAGAGGGAAAACAGCUCGAGUGUCUCGGCCAAUCACGUUCUUUCGUUGAGUUCUGGCUCUCCGAGCGCACAUUUCAGCAUGGAUUGGCUGAUGUUCUCAGUACUUCCUGUGUUCCGCCCUGUGCUCUAUCUGGUAUAAGGUGGCAUUUCCUGUUUCCAGACUUUUGUCGCUUCACUGACGGACUGCUGGUUAAAUGCUCCGAAUGGGAGAUGGCCAUUAUUUUCCCUCUCCACGUGCUGCUGUUGUCAUCACUUCCAAGCUCUGUGUAAAACCUUGCGAGCUGCCUGCUUAAAAAGCCCAAAAGUAUUCUUCGGUUUAGUGCAUGCGCACAACCGAACACAGCCUUUAUUGGAUAACGUGCGUAAAUGAGGGCGCUUGGCGCAUGUGCACUACAAAGAUUUAUCCUUGUCCAGUGUCUGAACUUUUCUCUCGAAAGUUAUGAGCGAUAAAAAUGUCUUUGUACUCGUUUAAACUAUAAUCUCGGGUGUAUUUUAGUCUCCUCACACAAGCACAAAAUUACCCAAAAAAGCGCCUACGAAGUAAAAAGUGACUGCAUAGUAAUCAAUCAGUGCUCAAUUAACUAGUGUUCUUCAUGUAAUCCGCAUUUAAAUUACAAUACAUUUAAAUUGCUUUCUUUUUCAGUAUUUAAUAAAAUGUACAUUUAAAUUUCUUCUGCUUUGUCCGCUAUAUUGCAAUGCAUGCAAUGCUGCUUGAACAUACUGACUAGGCAGCUCACUAGGUUUUGGAACAGAGCUCAUGUGUAUAGUGUUACCUUGAGGGUCGUAUUAAGCUACUGUAUUAUCAACUUUCACUUUGAUUUACCGCUUUUGCCCCACAGUAUCAAUAAACAGUCAGUGUGAUAAAAAUAUUAUUAGUCGUAAAUGUGGGUGGGAAGGUUUUGCAAGCAAAGCAGAUAAUCCUUCUAUUUCCUUAUGAGUUUAUUAUACUGCUGAUGCACCGCCAAGUGAUUUUUGAGUUUGUAUGAUAUUAUAAUGCAUUGUAAAUUACGAUUUGUUAUUUUGCUUAAUGCAGUGAGCUUCACAAGUGAUUAUUUUAUAGCUAUUGAUAGAAUGAAUAUUCAUAGAUCUCUUUUCAUAAAUGCAUAUUUUCCAUUUUUUGAUAUGUUUGGUAAAGUUUUUUUCUUCUUCUUCUUUAAUUUAAGUGGAACUACUGUUUUUUUACUUUAAUGUUCACACUUGAUCCAGUGAGAAUGUAUCUUUAUAGAGGAAGUGAUGCGCAUUUUAUCUUUCGGCUGUUUUGAAACCGGAUCAUAAGCUCUUUGGGUUCUAUACACUGCAGAUAUUUUCUUGUAUAUCAAAAAUAAAAUGUUUUGAAA